AUGUGUAAUACUCUUUGCCGAGCCAAUAACCAUACUCACGGUCUACUAAAAUAUCGAAAUAAACAUUUGAUUUUUUUAAACAGGGCUAUUCGAACAUACCACUCGACAUUCCCUGUGUUCAGUCUCACACCUACAGAAAAAAGGUUAAAAAAGGAGGAGGCAAAGCCUGCCUCCGACCAAGUAACUCUGGAAAGUAGUCCCAAGAUCAUAAAGAAGAAAAAGAUAAAGGGCGGAGCGAAACUGCAUAAAUGGUUGACUCAGGAGGGUGGGAACGACUUUAGAUUACCGAGAAUGGACGGAACUCAUUACUAUGGAGAAACUCCGUUUCCCAUGAAUCCUCUAUUCAAACCGGAACCACCAUUACAUAAUUCAUUUAAAGAUAAGAUAUAUGAAUUAUUCACGGAACAAGGGCUAUCACCCAGACAAAUUGGUCAUACUUAUUCCAUAUCAAUAAAAAGAGUCGAGGCUAUAUUAAGAUUAAAACAUUUAGAAAAGAAAAUGCAAGCAAAGGGAAAACCGUUGCAAACAGAUUUUUGUAAGAAUAUGGAAGCGAUGCUUGGUGUAAAGCCAGACAAACGAAUCAACGAACCAUUACAUGUGAUUUUACCACGAGUCAAUCGACCCCUUUUCGAGCUCGUUGACGAAGAUGAGGAAUUUACUCCCAAGGCAGCAGCUAAAAAGCUAGGUCGACUACCAUUCGAGGAAAUACAACAGCGAGUACUCGAGGAAGAAUCAAAAAAAUUUGUGCUUGACGAGGAAAAGAAAAAGGAAGAAGUCAUUUUGAUUAGUAAAGAAAAAUCGGAAGGAAACAAAAGAUUUAGAUUUGUGUUUACUGAUAUUUCUGAUAAGGAAAAGAAAGUUUACAUACGUGAACGAGAUGGAAGACUAGUCCAGCGUAUUGGAUUUAAAAUAGAAUCACCAUCUCCUUCAUCAUCGUCGUCGGAUACUCAAACCCCUUCUGCUGAUCAAACAUUGAAUAACCAACAGCAGAGUCAACCUAUUUUAUCACCAUUAUGA